AUACGAGAGUCGAACCAGUGCUUUCUCCUCAAAGACAACAAAUGAAUGGAUGAUACGGUUUAUAUCAUGAGUAUGACACGGAGCAAUGGCUAGCAACGGACCAAGGCGGCAUGGACAUUCUACAAUGAAAAUUCGCUUAACAGUACUAUGUGCCAAAAACUUAGCCAAGAAGGAUUUCUUUCGACUUCCGGAUCCGUUUGCUAAGAUCAGUGUAGAUGGUUCAGGGCAGUGUCAUUCUACAGACACCAGUAAAAACACACUCGACCCAAAGUGGAACCAGCAUUAUGACCUAUAUAUUGGGAGUAAAGAUUCUGUGACCAUCAGUAUUUGGAACCACAAGAAGAUCCACAAAAAGCAAGGAGCUGGUUUCCUUGGUUGUGUGAGGAUCAAGUCUAACGCUAUCCAACAGCUCAAGGACACUGGAUUCCAACGACUCGACUUACAGCGGAAUAACAGCGACGAUAAUGACAAUGUUCGAGGACAAAUCGUCAUCAGUCUCAUCUCCCGGGACAGGGGCAGUUCACUCACGGGGUCAGGCCCCAACGUAACCGAUGCAUCUGUCAUUCCCUCGUCCAUCCCCAGCGACCCCAACGAGCUUCCCGAGGGAUGGGAGGAGAGGCGCACAGCAAGUGGGCGUGUACAUUAUGUCAAUCACCUGACCCGUAGCACCCAAUGGGCACGUCCUACAAGACCAGCAUCUGAGUUUGUACGAAACAACACAGUCACUAGUGCACACAGCCGGCAACCGUCAACAAAUAGUGGUAACCAUGACAACAACACAAGUAGCUCUUCUAACAACAAUAACGAGGACAGUGGAACAGUCAACCCCCCACUACCACGUCGGCGAUCCACGCGGCACCGAAAUUACCUCAAUCGUUCUCAUCUACACAAUGCAGUCGACCUGCCCAGUGGCUAUGAACAACGAACAACCCAGCAAGGUCAGGUGUACUUUCUACACACGCGGACGGGAGUCAGCACGUGGCAUGACCCACGAGUUCCGAGGGACCUGUCGAGUUCGGAGAUCCGAGAGGAAGACCUUGGUCAGCUGCCCGCUGGUUGGGAGACACGACAUACGGGAAAUGGCCGUGUGUACUUCGUAGACCACAACAACAGGACAACACAAUUCACAGAUCCCCGGCUUUCUGCCAACAUCCAUCUACUGCAGACGACUGCUCGAUCCACGAGCAGUAACAAUAGAUGUAAUGAUAAAGAGAAUGAGUCACCUGUGCCUAAAUACAAACGAGAUCUCGUCCAGAAAAUGAAAAUUGUACGACAAGAGUUCGCUGCAUUACAGCCUCAGGGAGGCCACUGUCGGAUGGAGGUGUCGAGGGAGGAAAUAUUUGAGGAUUCCUAUCGACAAGUGAUGAAGCUCCGAGCGAAAGAUCUGAGGAAGCGUCUGAUGGUGAAGUUUCGAGGGGAAGAGGGCCUUGAUUAUGGAGGUGUAGCCAGAGAGUGGUUAUAUUUACUGUCCCAUGAGAUGCUGAAUCCAUAUUACGGCCUGUUCCAAUAUGCCCGAGACGAUGUUUAUACCCUCCAGAUUAACUCCGACUCGGGCGUUAACCCUGAACAUUUGUCUUAUUUCCACUUUGUGGGACGGAUUAUUGGUAUAGCAAUAUUUCACGGCCAUUAUCUAGAUGGAGGAUUCACCCUGCCUUUCUACAAACAAUUACUCCAGAAGGCUGUCACUCUCGACGACCUGGAGAAUGUCGACCCAGAGCUGCACCGGAGUCUUGUGUGGCUACUAGAAAACAACAUAGAAUCAGUGCUGGAUCACAACUUCUGUGUGGAACACAACUCCUUUGGACAGUUCACAGAGUACGAACUAAAACCUGGUGGCAACGAUAUCCCUGUGACAGAGGAUAACAAAAAAGAAUAUGUAAAAUUGUAUGUACAUUGGAGGUUUAUGAGGGGGAUCGAGGCCCAGUUUCUUGCCUUACAGAAAGGGUUCAAUGAAGUAAUUCCACAACACUUGCUGCGGCCUUUUGAUGAGCGUGAACUUGAGUUAAUGAUUGGAGGCCUUGGGAAGAUAGAUAUCGUUGACUGGAAAAACCACACACGCCUCAAACACUGUACUCAGGACUCCAAUAUUGCCAAAUGGUUCUGGCGAGCAGUGGAAGGUUUCGAUGACGAGAUGAGAGCAAGACUUCUACAGUUUGUUACAGGCAGCUCGCGAGUUCCACUUCAAGGCUUCAAGGCAUUACAAGGUUCCACUGGUGCUGCAGGUCCACGAUUGUUCACUAUACACAUGGUGGAGACCAACACAGACAACUUACCCAAAGCCCACACAUGUUUUAACCGGAUCGACUUGCCUCCAUAUGAAUCAUUUGAGAAAUUACUAUCCAAAUUGACUUGUGCUGUAGAAGAGACAUGUGGCUUUGCUGUAGAAUAACAGUGUUGUGAGAUUCUAACAGAAUUCAUGUGAAAGAUAUUGUGACUUUGCUGUCAGAUAAUGAAACCGUGAGAAAAAUCCUGGUGUGGUUCUUGUGAGAUAUUCUUAAUUGCCAUGGAAUACCUUGGUGUAAAAGCAUUGUGUAACCGUGUCCAGAAGAAUCUUGUGUUAGAGAGGAUUAUAACUUUUAGGAGAGAAAUCAGGCGUCGGGUUUGGAAGAUAAUCUAGACAUUGAUAUCCGGACAGAAUCCAGACAUUAAGGUUGGGAGAUCCGGACAGAAUCCAGACAUUGAGGUUGGGAGAUCCGGAAAAUCCAGACAUUGAGGUUGGGAGAUCCGGAAAAUCCAGACGUCAGUUAGGACAGCAUCCAGAUAUCAAGGUCGGGAGAGGAUCGAGAUGUCAAGAUUGGGCGAGAAUCUUGAAUUACAGAUCGAGAGAUAAAUCUGGCAUGAAGAAUUCAGGAAUUGCAGCAAUUUGUGUGUUGUAGGAUGGAUCAAUCCAGUCUGUAGGCUUUACUGUGUCAACUGUGUCCUUAUCACAGGAAGAUUUCGGACUUAUUUUUAAAUCUUUCCUGUUCUACAUCCUCAUUUGCAUAUCAAGAGCAAAACUAUUUUGUAAGGUGCUAUUUAAGCCUGUGAAUGUUUUAGAUCUUUGUCAACAAAUGAAACAAAAUAAGGUUUUCCUCAAUAGGGAUAGUUUGAUAAUUUUCUUAAUUUGUUUAGAGGAAAAAGAAUACACUUAUGAUUGAAAGCUAUUUGAUUCAAAAUUUCCCCAAAAAGGAAUAUUUUUGGUUAUCAAAUGAAUACAAGAGAUCAAUAAUCAUAUGGUAGUUGUCGACAGAUUUGAAUGCCAGAUACCAUUUCACAAUAGAUUAAUUUUAACUCUUACUUUUGAAAAUCUUCAUUUCCUUAUUGAAUUUAUCCAGCUAACAAUUUAGUCCGAUUGACCUGCAAAAUACGAUUUUUGCAUCUUUAAAUUAACUCUUAAUAGAGAAAUGAUUUACCUGAAAAAAAUCAUUUUCAAUAAUUAUUUGCCGAUAUAUAUUUAUUUUCUUUAGAUUUUGACCUGGUUCUCCAGCAAGCAAACCAAAAUCUCACAUCGAUCUAAUAGUUGCUCUGAUUAUAGUUCUAUAUUAAUUUAACAGCAAAUGUGUUUUAUUUUCUGAUAAGAUGAUAUAUUAUCGGCAUGAGACGUGGAACGUUUUCAAAAGUGAAGGACUAAUUUUAUUGUCAUUGACUGGCAUAUUUCAGUAUUGUCAACAAUAAAUUUAUAUGAUGAUUCAUGAAACAGUAUUCACAUAUAAACACCUAAUAUGUGGGGGGUUUUGUCACCGACAAUGAUCACACAGGGCCAUGAAUCGAUCAGUGUAUAUGAUCAAACAAGGGACAUAACUCCUGUCCAUGGCGGGUCAGCAGUGUUGAUCAGUUAGGAUAGAUAGAGAUGUAGUUUUCACAUCCUAGACCAAACCUUUAUUUUAACAAAUGUAUAGUACUACAUCAGUGCUGGAUUCACAUAUGUUUUACUGUAGAUGGACACAUGUGCUCACUAGAUUCAAAUGUUUACAUAUAUUUACAGUAAUUUGUCCGUAUUUCUCAUCACGUCAAGAGCAGGUGUCCUCUUAUAUUUGUGUUGUAUAUUGUCUUUUUACUUUGCUGAAUGAAUUGUAUUCAUUUUAAGUGAAAUUUUACAUGCUUAACAAUUUAUAUGAAUGUUUGAAAGGAUAUAAUAGGCUGAGUUAGUGUAUGAAAGAAGUGUAGCAUGCGAAUACAAGCUAAGAAAGUGGGUAUGUGUGUUUGCAUGGAGUGAGUUUGAAGUAGAGGUGAGGGAAUAACAGAAUUAAACACUGGGCCAGACUCUCAAUUUACCAAGCUCAAUAGGUUAGUAAGCUUGUCAAGUUUAUUUGGUUAGUGAGCUUGCCAGACUCACCAUUUGUAAUUUUGCUAAGCUGGCUAGUUUAGUAAGCUUGCCAGUCUCUCUGGAUAAGUGCACUUGUGAAUCUAAGUAAGUUUGCAAGUGUAUUAAUCUAAGUUCAAUCUAAUUGUAAGAGUUUUUUGGCCCACUAAAUUUCUAAGCUUACUAAUCUAUAUAGGUUUGUAAGUAUAUCAAAUUCACAUGGUUUGUAAGCUGACUAAGUUCACUAAGUUUGUAAGGUUGUGCAUUGUUACUUUGGCCAGUCCAUAUAUACAGAGGUGAUCAGAUAUAUUUAAAUUGUUGAGAUGUUUGGACAUUUUGAGUUGUGAGAGGUGACCAUUAUCCUUCACUGAGGGAUUGAUAUGACAAAACCAUCCUUUGUUAUACAUUUCAUCUAAAACAUAUGUAAAUAUCAUUAGAAGUGUAUGACCUAGCUGCACUCAUCAUUGAGAGAUUCGUAUUUGAGGAUGUGUGUGUACAUAAAGAUAUAUAUAUUAUAUAUAAUUGUAGGUUUAAUGUGUGUACGUAGAGACAUCACAACAUGACAGAUUCAGUAGACGAGCUGUUGUUGUGUAGUGGAACACUCUGACGAGUAAGUGUGAUUCCCUCGUCACGUACAGCGUUGGUUUUGCUUUGUACAGAUAUUAGCUGCUGGACAAGACACUACACUUGUCACCAUUGAUCACUGUAAAGUUCGUUAUAUUUGUCAGGAUAGAAUUUUCGCUGUCUGCACAUCUACAUGAUUUAGAUUUAAGUGAAAAGAAUAACCUGACACUUCUGGUUACUGUAAAUCUUUAGUACCAGCUGGUAUGUUGUAAGAUUAAUGCUUUGCUUAAAUUUACAGGUGGAAUCUAUUGCAAACUUGAAUAAUUCCGUGAUUUAAAAAAAUUAAAUGAUUCUCCUGAAAUACAGAAAAGAAGCUGCAAAUGCAUUAUCAAAAAAGGAAAUAAAAUAUUUGGUUACUUUAGAUCUGCAAAAAUUUGAUAAAAUGAAAAUAUGAACUGACAAAUAUAAUGAUCUUUAAAGUAGCACACAGCAGUGGUAACAAGCUUUUAUUUAUUAUUUCUCUGUAUAUUGAAAAGCUAUUUUUUGUAAUUUGAUUUCCCAUUUAAUUCUAAGUGGUUAAUACUAUCAACGAGUUAUUAACUCCUUUUCAUGUUUACACUCUGUUCAAAUAUUUUCAUUUUAGUCUGCAUUUUAUCUAAAACCAAGAAUCUUGUACAUACUAAAACUAGUUAGGCUUUACUACCGUAUCAACUUUUUAAUAAUCAUAAUACAUUUAGGAUAUUAAAUCCAUUUAAUUUCAUGGUUCCAAUAGUCACUAUUUCUUAAAUUUCUACAAAAUAAUUUUACUGUUAAUGUUCUUUCAAUCAGAUUUACAUUGACCUGCAGAAAAAAACCUAAUACAUCUGAUCGUAUAUUGAUUCUGUGCUUAAGGAAGUGUACAUCUUUUGUAGAUUAUGUCAUUACCCUUAGCUGGAAACUUGUAUAUUUGGGUUUUGCAUAUACAGUAUUUUCAUGAUGGCAUUAAAUAACUAAAACAAUAAAUAUCAAGAGGACGGUGUUUGUAGGUUCCGGUAUUGUAUUAUCUAUGUUAUAUAUGUAAUGCAACUACUUAUUCCAUCACCAUAUAUAUAGUGCAGGUUAGCAGAGAAACCAAUCGGAUUUGAACAUAGAUUUAUAUUUAUAAUCAGAUUUGACCUGUAAGACGUCUAAUUAUAUAAACACAAAGAAUGUUAUAAAUACCGUGCUAUAUGACUAAUGGCUUUACACAUUUUUCAAAUAUAUUUCAAAUAUUGACUGUAUUGGCAAUUAUUAAGUUUCAAUUUCUCACAGUCGCCUUGUGUCCGAGGAUUACAAGGAUGGUUACUUCUCCAUGACACCUAAUCUCUCUGUACUGUGACAGUGUAUAUGAUCCAUCUUUAACAAGACUGUGUCUACUUUAUUUUGGGCAUGAGUGACUGUAUUUUUUAUCAGCAUGCAAACAUUUGGAUAGACUUUUGUGUCCAGUACAAAUUCUGUUAAAUGAUAUGAUUUCAAAAUUUGUUUUAGAGAAUUUAAUUACAUUUAUUUUGAAGUUGGAUUGGAUUUAUGAAGCAUCAACAGCAUGAUUGAAUUAGUAACCCAAGUGAAGGUUUUAUAGAUUUCUCUAAUGAUAAAUCGUGAAAAUUGUAAAAUCAACGUAAAA